AUGCGGUACUCGACAGAGCUGAGAGAGUCCCCUGCACGCAAGGCCAUAGAGCUAUGUUGGAGCAGGUGUCUGCCGAAAACGAGGCAUAAGUAUCUCCAAAGUACUGAAAUCUUAGGAUUGGUGAGAGAACUUGAGAGUUUCCUCGGAAUCCGGGAGCUUUUGAAGCCCGAAGAAGAACAGUUGCUCCGCACAACACUAAAACUGAAACCACAGCUUCGACUUUUCAAAAGUGAGUGUCUGAGCUUCAUUCUUGGUCUUGCACAUUUCCGCACAUUGGAGGAAUUUUUCGAAACACGCUUCCGUAUCACACCGGAGAGACUAGCCAGUUUAGUGGAGUCUUCCCUGAGAGAAGAUCCAAAAAGCACUUCUGCUGCCGAUAGACUUGGGCCGACUGGGCGAAGUUCUGCAUGGUUUCCCGAUGUUCCAUCUCAAGACACGGGCGUAUAUGACCGAUACAUUCCAAGAAGCACUCAUUUGAACCACCCAGAAAGAGGUGGCCCCGGGGACUUGUAUAAAGAUUACCAGCGAAACUCACCUGUAUCCAAGGAAUCUUGGUUUCUGAGGUGGACACGUGGAUUUGGGACUAAAGACACUGAUAAGGUGCGGUUUGACAGCUCUGUAGAUGAGAAACCGAGCCCGCCACAAGAAAUAGGCGAAAAGUCGUGGAUUUCCCGAGCAGCCGGUUUCGGCAAACUGUGGCUCCUGAGCUUGCGUACAGCAACUGACCUGCAACCGCUACGAGAUAACAGAACGAAAGACUACAAGGAGCCCUCCUCCUACUCCGGGUCAUUGAGUUAUGGAAUCACGCCUCAAGAACGCAGAUUGCAAGAGUUGAGACUGUCGUUUGCAGAUGUCCGCUCACAAGCAAAAAAACUAGAACACGAGUCGAGCCGCGUCGCUGAAAAGUCUUUGGACCAGUCUCUCACUGAGUUGCAGGCAGCUGUGCGAGACCAAGCCCGAAUCAUCUCACGGCUCGAGCGAGAACGUGGGCGUAGUUUCAAGACCGCAGCGCCGGGCGUGAUUUCGCUUUUGUAUGUUCCUUGGGAUUAUUUCACGGGUUUCGUGGCGACGUUUUUGAGGGACCUCAUUGAAGAAUUGCUCCCCCCAGGCUGCAAAAGGUCAGUGCCCGAGUUUCUUGUACGUGUGCUCAGCAUUGUGCUCGGGUUUUUCGUCAUCAUCAACUUCUUCAAGUUGUUGUAUUUCGUCGCAGUGAUUGCAUUGUACUCUUCUGAAACAGCGCCCUCAUAUAUAUUCUAUGACGAUGAAGUGAGGGAACUGGCGCCUCUUUCGUGGCUACAGGAGUUUCCAACCUUGGAGUAUUGGAGUUACCAGCUCAGGGACAUGAUGGGGUAUUAG